GCAAGCCCCACCCCAUUCGGAAGCUUCGAGUCGUGUGAAGCCGGUCGACAUUCUUCCUCAUCUUCGUCUUUUUCCUUCUUUUCAAGAUGUUCGGCCAGCAGGUUCUCGUCCUCAACCAGAACGUGAAGAGAGAAUCGGGACGAAAAGUACAGACUGGAAACAUCAAUGCAGCCAAGACCAUCGCAGAUGUCAUCAGGACGUGUCUGGGCCCGCGCGCCAUGAUGAAGAUGCUGCUGGACCCCACCGGAGGAAUUGUCAUGACCAACGACGGAAACGCCAUCCUGCGAGAGAUCCAGGUGCAGCAUCCCGCAGCUAAAUCAAUGAUCGAGAUCAGCCGCACGCAGGAUGAAGAGGUGGGAGAUGGGACCACGUCGGUUAUCAUCCUUGCUGGCGAGAUGCUAUCGGUAGCGGAGCAGUUCCUGGAGCAGCAGAUGCACCCCACCGUCGUCAUCAGCGCGUACAGGCGAGCCUUGGAGGACAUGUUGGAAACGUUGAAGGAGAUCAGCGUCCCCGUGAACACGGCGGACCGCGCAGCCAUGCUGCUGAUUGUGCGCUCGGCCAUCAACACCAAAGCGCUCAGCCGCUGGUCGGAGCUGGCGUGUGGCAUGGCGCUCGACGCCGUGGUUACCGUGGAGAUGGACGACAACGGGCGCAAGGAGAUCGACAUCAAGAAGUAUGCGAAGGUGGAGAAGGUCCCGGGCGGCAUCAUCGAGGAGUCGUGCGUGCUGCGAGGCGUGAUGGUCAACAAGGACGUGACGCACCCGCGCAUGCGCCGCCUCAUUAGAGAGCCACGCAUCGUCCUCCUCGACUGCUCGCUGGAGUACAAGAAAGGCGAGAGCCAGACUGACAUUGAGAUCAGCAGGGAGGAGGACUUUGCCAGGAUCCUGCAGAUGGAGGAGGAGCACAUCCAGCAGAUGUGCGAGGACGUCAUCCGAGUCAAACCCGACUUAGUCUUCACCGAGAAAGGAAUCUCAGACCUGGCUCAGCAUUACCUGAUGAAGGCCAACAUCACCGCCAUUCGCCGCGUCAGAAAGACGGACAACAACCGCAUCGCCAGGGCGUGCGGCGCUCGCAUCGUCAGCCGUACUGACGAGCUGCGUGAGGACGACGUGGGUGCGGGGGCGGGGCUCUUUGAGGUCAAGAAGAUCGGCGACGAGUACUUCACCUUCAUCACUGAGUGCAAAGACCCCAAAGCCUGCACCAUCCUGCUCAGAGGGGCCAGCAAGGAGAUCUUGGCGGAGGUGGAGCGAAACCUUCAGGAUGCCAUGCAGGUUUGUCGCAACGUGAUGCUGGAGCCCUCCCUGCUGCCAGGAGGGGGCGCCGUAGAGAUGGCUGUGUCCAAGCGACUGAUGGAGCGUUCUCGCGCCCUGGUGGGCGUGGAGCAGUGGCCCUACCGCGCCGUGGCCCAGGCCCUGGAGGUCAUCCCGCGCACCCUCAUCCAGAACUGCGGCGCCUCCACCAUUCGUGUGCUCACCUCACUCAGGGCCAAGCACACGGCACAGGACGGCGCCUCCUGGGGCGUGGACGGCGAGACGGGUUCUCUUUGCGACAUGACGGCCGCCGGCAUCUGCGAGCCUCUGGCUGUUAAGGCGCAGACGUACAAGACAGCAGUGGAGACGGCCAUCUUGUUGCUCCGCAUCGACGACAUAGUGUCGGGUCACAAGAAGAAAGACAAGGACCAGGCCGCAGGAGGACCCGGAGCAGAGUAAAUUCAUUUAGAAGUCAAUAAAGUUCAAAAUCACCA